GACAGGAAAUGGGGAAGAACAGCCGUCCUGAGUUGAUGCUGCUGCUCCUUUUUAAUGCUGCUCUUCAGACGGAAACCAGGCUCAUAAAAACCAUUUCCUUUAUGUCUCAGCAGCUGACAUGGACCGAUGCAAGACAGUUCUGCCAGACGAACUUCGUAGACAUGAUUACUUGGGACAUAAUAAACCCGACCCUGCUGACGACGUUGCUGCAGCAAGUAGAACUGACAGAAGUCUGGGUUGGUUUGCAUGCGGAUCCUGAGCAACAGUCUGUCUGGAGGUGGAUCAAUGUGAAAACCGGUGAAGGUUUGACAGGAGAGGAUGUUUCAGAGAGCAGUUAUUGGGCCAGUCAACCAAAAACCAGCAACAACUGCGCCUCUUAUAAUAGUGAAAGAAAAAAGUGGUCCGGCCGUGUUUGCUCUGAAACUCUUCCAUUUGUCUGCUAUGGAGACAAUCUGGUGCUGCUGACUGAGAACAAGACAUGGGAGGAAGCCAUGGGUCGCUGCAGGGGAAUGUCUUCAGCCUCCUAUGAGUACGACCUCCUGAGCGUUUCAGCACCGGCUGACUUUAAUUACGUCAGAGACCGGAUCUACAGAGCCACCAGUGAAGAGGUUUGGACAGGACUGCGUUUCCUGGGAGGGGAGUGGUGGUGGGCCAACAGAGAGACGUUGGACCAACAGGAGAUGCUGCCGGACUGUCCGAGCCAGUGGCGACACUGUGGCAUGCUGUCCAAGAGCAACACAGCAAACUGGACCAGCAGGGACUGCUCAGAAAGAAGAAACUUCAUCUGCAAUUAUGUAAAACUAGAGUAAGAAGUUACCGAACAGCAAGGCAUAAAACUAACUCUCAGUCUCUCUAUGUACUUUAGGUCAGUUAGAGAUAUUAAAGUUAUUUCUAGUUGCUAGAGAAGUGCCAUAAUAAUGAACACAUGUUCCAGUUUGUGGGAUAUGACUGUAUAAGGACUUCUUGUCCACAAUAUCUGGUGAGAAUAUUUGGGAAUGGUAGUAAUUAUCAUAUUCUUCUGGAUAUUUUUGGCUAGUUGAAUGGACUCUGUUGGUCUUAUUACUCCCAACAGAGAUUCAGACAGAGAGUCUGGAUCUCAAAUCACUAAACAUGGAGAAAUUGAAUCUAAAUGUACUGUAUGGUUUGGACUAUUCUCCUUCUUCUGCAUGGAUUUGUGACGUAGGAUUUAGGAGAAUCGCCAUUUUAAACUUGCAUUUUAUUUUGUGGUGUUUUAUCAAGCUGAAUUAUUUUUUAUUUUUGUUUCAAAUUAAAUUAGUUCAUUUGUACUGACUCUGAAUUGAUUUGAUGGAUUUUA